AUGGCUCCCGUCGGUGCUGCGCUGUGGCGCUCAUUGCGCGCUCACCAGGUCUAUGGUGCUAACACGGACGUGGGCAAGACGAUUGUCUCCACGGUGUUGUGCAAUGCCAUCCAGCGCCAGAACCAGAAGGCGGCAUUCCUAAAGCCCGUGUCGACGGGGGCAUUGGACGAUGCGGAUGACCGGCAUUUGCAUCGCUAUGCCGGGGGGACUCUGACCAAGUGCCUCUACCAAUUCGAUGAGCCGGUCAGCCCGCAUAUUGCGGCCAAGCAAAAAACUAUUCCUCGAGACGACGAUCUGCUCGCGUCAAUCCAUAAGACACUUUCGGGCUGGGCACAGUCCAACAUCGACUUUGCCCUGGUGGAAACCGCCGGGGGUGUUCACUCUCCAGGUCCCAAUGGGAAUUCCCAAGCAGACCUCUACCGUCCACUCCGACUGCCGAUCGUCCUGGUGGCAGACUCUCGUUUGGGAGGCAUUUCUUCAUCUAUCUCAGCAUACGAGUCGCUGCUGCUCCGUGGAUAUGACAUCCAAUCGGUUCUUCUCUUCCGAGAUGAGUAUUAUAAGAAUCACGAGUAUCUUCAUGAUUAUUUCCGGAAUAAAAGCAUCCCACUGGUUGGGCUACCCGCGCCCCCUACCAGACCGGCAGAGCUGGACGCUAGUUCCCAAUCUCGGGACGAGGAGGCUAUGGCCACCUACUACGGAAAGGUCUCGCAGGAAUCGGAUAUUUCGCGGCUUCUUGAAGAGAUGUCGCUGAAAAACACCGAGCGGGUCCAACGCCUCGAAGAGAUGGCUGACCGAGCCCGAGAUGUGAUUUGGUACCCCUUCACGCAACAUCAAGGGAUGCAAGCCAAGGAUAUCACCGUGAUUGACUCGGCCCAUGAUGACUAUUUCCAGACCUUCGGCACUGAGCGUUCUACCUCCAGCAGUCAGCUACAGCCUACUUUCGACGGGUCGGCAUCCUGGUGGACCCAGGGCUUGGGCCAUGGAAACCCGGAAUUGUCUCUGUCGGCUGCCUACGCUGCCGGUCGCUAUGGCCAUGUUAUGUUCGCAGGGGCCGUGCAUGAGCCUGCGCUCUCGCUCGCGGAUCGACUGUUGCAAACGAUUGACAACCCUCGAUUCACCAAGGUGUUUUACACUGAUAAUGGCAGCACGGGCAUGGAAGUGGCCGUGAAGAUGGGUCUUCGGGCAGCGUGCGCACGCUAUGGCUGGGAUGCCAGCCAAGAGCAAGUCAGCAUCUUGGGACUCAAGGGUAGCUACCACGGCGACACGAUCGGCGUGAUGGACUGCUCGGAGCCGUCGACAUUUAACCAAAAGGUCGAGUGGUACCGAGGCCGCGGCCACUGGUUCGAUUUCCCUGUGGUCAAGAUGACUGGUGGGACAUGGAAGGUCGAGGUGCCCGAGGAUCUCCAGACGGACUUGGGCCUGGCUCAGGAGUUUGCUUCCUUGGGGUCUGUGUUCGACCUUGACCAGCGGGUCGAGUCACCUACUGGACGACGCUACAAAGAUUAUAUCAGGCGCACCAUCGAAGAUCUGGUGCACCGCCAGGGCAUGAAGUUCGGCGCUCUGAUUCUGGAACCUGUUAUUCUGGGUGCGGGUGGAAUGCUCUUCUGUGACCCGCUCUUCCAGAGAUGCCUGACAGACGUCGUGCGUGACCACCCAGAGUUAUUCUCUGCCAAGGGCUCUUCCCCCAAACAAUCACCAUCGUGGUCAGGGCUGCCCAUUGUUUUUGACGAAGUUUUCACGGGUCUCUACCGACUCGGUCGCCGAACCGCAGCAUCUUUUCUGGGGGUGCAUCCCGACAUCGCUGUGAAUGCUAAGCUUCUAACUGGUGGCCUGAUCCCGCUCUGUACCACCGUCGCCAGCCAGGAGAUCUUUGACUCCUUCUCCAGCCCCGAAAAGAGCGAUGCUCUCCUCCACGGCCACAGCUACACUGCGCACGCAGUCGGGUGCACAGUGGCAGUUGACUCGCUACGGGCUAUGGCCAAACUCGAAGGGGACGGGUCAUGGGAUGGAUACCGCGCAGACUGGCGCGGUAGUAACCCCGUUAGAGGGGAGAUGUCGGCCCCGGAUGUGUGGAGUGUGUGGUCCCAUGGUCUACUGCAGGAUCUCUCCAGUGCACAAAGCGUGGAAAGUGUUUUUGCGCUUGGAACUGUGCUCAGUAUUUCACUGCGCGAUGCGCAGGGCGGUGGAUACACGUCUACUGCCGCUAAAGGGCUGCAGCAAAGACUCGCUGUCGGGGGCGACCAGUUCAAUGUGCAUUCUCGAGUCCUCGGCAAUGUACUCUACCUCAUGUCGAGCGUGACGUCGAAACCAGAGUCUCUGCGGGAGAUGGAGGCCUUGUUGCGGUCUGCGCUACUGUAA